CCAGGAAGGAAAACGAGCCCAUUAGAAUCGGCACUGGGCUCAUAUGAGGCAGGACAGCGAGAGAACCGUGAAGAACUUCUUCCACAAAGAGAUAAAAGCAGCAGGAUUGUGCUCCUGCUCCUCUUCCUCCUCUUCCUCCUCUUCCUCCUCUUCCUCCUCUUCCUCCUCUUCCUCCUCUUCCUCUUCACCUGUGGCUCGCGCGCGUAUAAUCCUCAUUCAUUUCCUUUUCUUUGUCCCCCCGCCCUCCCCUGGCAAUAAGGGAGGGUCGAUGGUAAAGAUAAGAGCUCGAGGUAGCGGAAGACUUUUCUCAGAAGUCAUUCAACCUGAGCAGUCGAGAUCGUAAUCGUCUGCUGAGACAGCUUUCUGAUGAACUUUCCAGAGCCCCUGCUGUCAAAGGAAAUCUACCUGUGAGAGGGAGAAAAAUAAGCUUAUUUAAACUACAUGUGUGAGAAGCAGACGGGAAUCUGAAGAAAUGCAAAUCAGUGUGAACAGUUUGAGAAUGAACUUUGUCUCUUUCAGCUAAUGGACGUCUCCAGGCUUCUGCUGUCCGUCGUCAUGGUGAUGUCCACGUCUGAUGGGAGAUCAGAAGCAUCAGAUUCUUCCUGCUUCAACCUGGACCAGGAUAGAUAUAAAGUUAUUAAAGGUGAAGCGUUUUAUUAUGUGCCCUUGGACCUGGAUGACCCCAACCUGCCUGAUGCAAACAUCACGUGGUACAAAAACGGGUCAAAGGUCAUGAAUAUCACCACAGACGAGACACACAGGAUCCAUUACCAUGGAGGAGCUCUGUUUUUCUUAAACAUCAGUGCUAACGAUGCUGGUCACUAUUCUGCCAGGCACAUUGAGGCAUCAGGUGAAUGUUUCUACUAUCAUGUGAAGAUCGAGGUCUUCGAUGAAACAAGUCGAGAGAAUCUGACCUAUGGAUCCAUCCGAAACUCUGACCAGAACAAAAACAUUCCUUGUCCGCAGCCUGUUAAAGACACAUGCAAAACAUUUAACGGGAACUUCACCUGGUUCAAGGGUAAGAAUCUGAUUCCCGGUCAACACAAAGAAAGGCUGUGGGUAAAUGAUGCAACAAAAGACGAUGAGGACAUUUACACCUGCUUAUGUACCUGGACUCACAACCACAAGGUGUACAACUCUUCUGGUUCCAGGAGACUUGUUGUUCUCGACCCACCCUGCUUUCCAAAUGUAACAAUUGUUUCUCCAAGCAGCAAGGAGCAGUUGGCUGAUGAAGGCUCCAGCGUGAAGCUGAACUGCACCGUUUACUGUGGGAUCAAUGCAGCGCGGGACUGUGAGGCCACAUGGCUGAUUAAUGGAAACCCAGCAACGCAGAUGGACGGAUACAACGAAACCACCAAAUUACAGAUCGAGGAUCCUUCAAAGAGAACCUUCUCCACAGCCACCCUGACCAUCCAAAGGGUUUCAGUCAAAGAUUUCCAGCAUGAGUUUAAGUGUCAGGGCUCAGGAUUUUAUACAGUAAACUCUGCAACUUUAACUCUGAAGCAAAGAGAGUCCAUCAUUCCCCUCAUCAUUUCAGGGACGUGUGUGUUGCUGGUUGCUGUGUUCGCCGCUGUGCUGGUGAAAUAUUUUGCCAUUGACCUCGCUCUGUUGUUCAGGCCCUACUUCCCUCCAGGAAGACAAAAUAAAGAUGUGAAGAUGUACGACGCCUACGUUGUUUAUCAGACACAGAGCUUAGACAAGGAGACAGAAGACAAGCUGUCCAACUUUGUCACAAAGUCUCUGCCCUCGGUUCUUGAAGACAAGUGUGGAUAUCGACUCUUCAUCCAGGGAAGAGACGACAUACCGGGGGAAGAUCGUGUGGAGCUGGUGGAGAGCUGCAUUAAGCAGAGCAGGAGGCUGAUGGUCAUCCUGACACCAGGAUCAGGACCUGAGAUGGUGGAAAAUCCCACCUCAGACCAAACCUCAGUGAUUGGAUUUGACUGGCAGGUUGGGCUUCACCACGUUCUGGUACAGAGGGAGAUGAGUGUGAUUCUGAUUCAGCUUGGAGAGAUGGGUCCACGAGGUUACGCGCAUCUUCCUCCAGGUCUGCAGCACCUGAUCCGUCAGAGCGCCCCCAUCAGGUGGUCGAAGGGCUCACAGACAGCCUCCAAGUGGAACUCGCGCUUCUGGAAGAGAGUGCGAUAUCUGAUGCCAGCCAGACCCGCCAGGAAACGAGAUUUGUCUCCUGUCAUCUAAAACCGCUGAGCUUUGAAAUGUGAUUAUGGAAAAUGAAAGUGAAAUGACGAACGGACUCGCUACAAUGAAUAAAGAUGAAGGACUUUAUUAGGAGGGCAGUAAAUUUUAGUUCUACUUUAACUCUUCCAAUGUAAGGUGUAUGUUACAGAAUCUGUUAAGCAUCUUGUAUGACAAGAGCUGUCUCACAGACAGAGUUGUGUAGUAACUGGUUACAUUUACUUAAGUAACUUUUUGGAAAAUUUAGGAAUGUUUUUACUACGCUGUACUUUCUACUUUUACUUGAGUAAUUUUAUUGUGAAGUAUUUCUGCUCCUACUUGUAGCAUUUCUGGAUUUUAUACCUACUGAAUGAAAAACAAACAUGUUAUAACCAAAAGAAAAAAAAUCACCAGACACAAACCUGACGUUUCUGUUAAAGUUUAAUCAGUUUUUUAUUGAAAGAAACUUGAUUUGGAAACAUUUUUCUUUUGCCUAUUUUUGUUACUUAUGUAAAUUAUUGUCAUUUAGGUCAUAAAAAUACCAAACUUUCCACUUAAUAUGUCAUCAGACAUAUUCCUUACUGUGACUUAGUGUUGACAUAGAUUCUCAAUCAUUCAGGACAACUGGAUUCUUCUUUCUGUUUCCUGAAGAAGCUUCACUUUUCACUCAAAAACUUUCUUCCAGUUGAUCACUGGUUGGGAAUAAGUCAUUUUUGGGACACUUGUAUUAAAAAGGCCAUUAUGAUCACAGGAGUCACUGACCCACUCAUCCACCCAGCGAGUCAGAGCUUUCAUUGCCUCAUAUGAAAUGCCGCCCAUUGUGGACGAUGAGAAGAGUUUUGGUCGUGUGUUGCAAUGUCUGAUUGAUUGUGAAACUGCCGAGGGGAAAAAAGUCAAGGCUGCACUGUACAGUGCCUCAGAAAUGUGUUCAAACGCCUUGAAUCUUUCAACAUCACAAACUUUGGGUUUAUUUUAAUGUUAUGUCUUAGUGUUGCCUUCUCAACAGCCCUAAACACAGGAGGGUUUAGAUAAAAACAAACCCAUGUGUUGCAGCGGCCCAGUCAAAGUCCAGACCCAGGAGUCUUUGGCAAGGUUUGAAAGUGUGAAAUGCAACGAGAAGAAUUAAAUUUUCCCAGCCGAAGACUUUAAUCUGAAAUCGGAGCAAAUAGUUCAUCGGGUGUGAAAGUCCUUGUGUCUGCAAGUCAUUUGUAAUAUUUUAUAACAUUGUAAUCAAUGGUUUGUGGUGUUAAAUAAAAACCAAACCUAUUAAGGAUCAAUUUCUUUUUGCUGAGGUUUCAAAGAAGAUAUUAAUCAGCUUUUCGGAGUUUGCAAAAUUCUAAAUAAUCUCUUCUAUCCCCACAGCCCAUAUUUGUUGCUGUGACGGCUGGCAAACCAAGUCAAAUAAUCUCUGAAUCAGUUUCAUGUGGUGCAGACUGUGUGGUGAGAACAUUUCUGCUAAAAGGUUCUUACCACACAGUCUGUGGUUUAACAAGAGGCUGAAAAAUUUGAUAAACUACCCUAUUUACUCCAUUGCUGCAAUCCACGAGGUAGGAAAAUAAAAAUAAACUUGUGUGUGCACAUAAAAAUAGAUUGUGUGUUUCAUAUCUGGCAUGUAUGCUUUUUACCGUUACCACUGUGUGUUGGUUCGUUAAUUAAAUCUUGAAGGUUGACGCUUGUGGCUGUUACAGCUUGUCUAAUGUGAAGUUCCUCAAAGCUCUGUUCUGGGUCCUGCCUUGUUUUUAUUGUAUAUGCUGCCUUCUCCAGGUCAGGGGGAGUGUCCUGCCCCAAGUGGAGGAGUUCAAGUAUUGCUUUUUUUCUGUUGCUUUUUUAAAAGCUUUUAAA